AUGCCUGAUACGCCUGCACCCCGUAUCGUAUUCGAGUCAUCAGAGCAGCAUCGCGCGGCUCCUUCGGUAGUACAUUUUGGUUCGCUUGAUGAGAUCAACAGCCCGAAGAUCGGCAACCUGGAAGUGUACGGCAGGACGAAGCUGGCCAUCAUCCUCGGCGUCAAGUACGGUCUGCUCCAUCGGAUCAUAAAGCCGAACGAUGACAACAUGUACGCCCUCUCGAAUCAUCCAGGUGCGGUAAAUACCGCCAUGCAGCAACAGUGCAAAGAUGCUUAUCCCGGUCUAUUCGGCAAGAUGGUGACCGCUAUUAUGCUCGCUGGUGGACGCGACGAUGAGCAAGGUUCUUACUGCGCGUUGUACGCUGCCACUAGUCCUGAGAUCGAGGAGAAAGGCUGGAAUGGCUACUACUUCCAUGAUCCUGGCCAGUCUGGUAAGGAGAAGAAGCAAGCCCCUGGUCUGGCUCUAGGUGCUGCCUUAUGGGAUCUGAGCACCCGGAUGAUCAAGGACAAGGUCGGUGAUGAUGCAUUGGUGGACUGGAAUGCUGCUUCGUGA